AUGUACGGCGGAGACGAGGUUUCGGCAAUCGUCAUAGAUGUGGGUUCCUACAGCUGCAAGGCGGGCUACGCCGGAGACGACACCCCCAAGGCCGUCUUCCCGUCGGUCGUUGGUUCAAUUGAACAAACUGAAGACACAGAUGACCCCAAGCCAGAUAAGGAAGCUGACUCUGCAUCAGAUUCUAAGAAUGGGGCCAAGCCUAUGGAUGUGGACAAAGCCAAGACAAAACGCAAACUUUAUGUAGGCCAAGAGUUAGAGUUCAGGAGGGAUCACAUGGAGGUGAUUUCACCUAUGAAAGAUGGAACGGUAACUGAUUGGGAUAUUGUUGAUAAUAUAUGGAAUCAUGCUUUCAGACGGAGGUUGUUGAUCAAUCCUGAAGAGCAUCCCAUGCUCAUAGCUGAACCAUCUACAAACACUGCACAGCAAAGAGAGAAAGCAGCUGAACUUAUGUUUGAGAACUACAAAGUGCCAGCGCUGUUCCUAGCAAAAAAUGCAGUGCUCACAUCUUUUGCAUCUGGACGAGCUACAUCUUUGGUGGUUGACAGUGGUGGUGGGUCUACUGUGGUUUCUGCUGUGCAUGAUGGUUUUGUUUUGCAAAAGUCUGUGGCGACUUCUCCAGUUGGCGGUGAAUUUUUAACUGACUGUAUGAUGAAAAGCUUGGAGAGCAAGGGCGUUGUCAUUAGGCCCAGAUAUUCAUUUAAGAAGAAGGAAAUCAGUCCCGGAGAUUAUAAGAUUGUAGAUCUUGAUCUUCCAAACACAACUGAGAGUUACAGGUUGUACCGCAUGAGAGCUAUUGCUAGUGACAUCAAGGAGUCUGUUUGCAGAGUUCCAGACACCGCUUUUGAUGAAGUGGCAUAUGCAAAUGUUCCUACGACUUCAUAUGAGCUUCCUGAUGGACAAACUAUUGAAGUUGGUGCUGAUAGAUUCAAGGUUCCUGAUAUUCUAUUUAAUCCAUCUCUAUCCCAGACUAUUCCUGGGAUUGAUGGAUUUGCAGAUUCAACAUCAGUCCGUGGCCUUCAACGAAUGGUCAUUGAUAGUGUAAAUAAGUGUGACAUUGACAUACGAAAAGAGCUAUUUAGCAAUAUCUUGCUUUCUGGUGGCUCAUCAUCAAUUCUGCAGUUGAAGGAGCGCCUAGAGAAAGAAGUAUUAGAGGAGUCUCCUCAAGCUGCUCGUAUUUCAGCAAUACUCAACUAUAAACGUGUAGUGAGCAGUCAGACCCACGCGCGAUGCCACAAUCGUUCGGUUCUGUGCGUCCUGUCUGAACGGUGUCUGCUUCGUUUAUCCAAGGAACGACAGUGGUACACGAAGACUCUUACACCGUUCCAAUUCGAGAUGUACACCAUUGUAUUUCCAGUAAUUCAUACCGUAGUAUGA